AGGUUGAGCUUUCGCUAAUGCUUGAAAUUCCGUUUCCGUCCAGAGAGGGGAACAGCCUCUGGCUGACGUGCCGAGAGACAAACUUUAGUGUACUUUUUUACCCUUGCAUUUAUUUUUCAUUCGAAACACCGCUAUAAAGAAGGAGGGCAAAAAAAAAAACAAAACAUUUGAUAGAAAAAUGGCAUCUUCACCCCAGAAAUCCCCGUCCACCCCAAAGUCUCCUACCCCUAAAUCACCACCUUCCAGAAAGAAGGAUGACUCCUUUCUUGGUAAACUUGGAGGAACCCUGGCAAGAAGGAAAAGGGCAAAAGAAGUGUCUGAGCUGCAGGAAGAAGGAAUCAAUGCCAUUAAUCUACCUCUUAGUCCAAUUCCCUUUGAACUCGAUCCUGAAGAUACUAUGUUAGAGGAAAAUGAAGUCAGAACUAUGGUUGACCCAAACUCAAAAAAUGACCCCAAGCUUCAAGAACUGAUGAAGGUGUUAAUAGACUGGAUCAAUGAUGUGCUAGUUGGUGAGAGAAUCAUUGUCAAGGAUCUGGCUGAGGAUCUAUAUGAUGGACAAGUGCUCCAGAAGCUAUUUGAAAAGCUGGAGGGAGAGAGACUGAAUGUGGCUGAAGUGACUCAAUCAGAGAUUGCACAGAAACAAAAGCUUCAGACUGUUUUAGAGAAAAUCAACGACACACUUAAGGUGUCCACCAGGAGCAUCAAAUGGAAUGUGGACUCUGUUCAUGCCAAAAGCCUGGUGGCUAUUCUCCACUUGCUGAUAGCCCUAUCUCAGCACUUCAGAGCCCCAAUUCGGCUUCCCGAUCAUGUGUCAAUCCAGGUGGUGGUUGUUCAGAAACGCGAGGGAAUUCUUCAGUCUCGACAGAUCCAGGAGGAAAUCACUGGUAACACAGAGGCCUUUUCUGGACGACAUGAAAGAGAUGCAUUUGACACCUUGUUUGAUCAUGCACCGGACAAGCUUAAUGUCGUGAAAAAGACUCUGAUUACAUUUGUUAACAAGCAUUUGAACAAGCUUAAUCUAGAAGUAACUGAGCUGGACACUCAGUUUGCUGAUGGUGUCUACCUGGUACUACUCAUGGGUCUGCUGGAGGGUUAUUUUGUUCCACUGUAUAACUUCUUUCUCACUCCAGAGAACUUUGAGCAGAAGGUACACAAUGUUUCCUUCUCCUUUGAAUUGAUGCAGGAUGGUGGAUUAGAAAGACCAAAGCCCAGACCAGAAGAUAUUGUGAAUUGUGACCUGAAGUCAACAUUAAGAGUCCUCUACAACCUCUUCACAAAAUACAGAAAUGUGGAGUAAAUAGGAGGUCAGAAGAAAUGGAUUCCAAAGCAGCCUGUUUAUAUAUUGGUAUUUUUUUAAAUAAGGAAAUUAUAUGGACUUAAUGAAAGAUUUUUUUUUGUUGUGCUACAGUGGCACAUGCAAUUAGCCCACUAACAAAACAUUUUAACUAUUAUAAUCAAUGUGCAUUUAUGAUAAGGGGAACCAAUGUGGCCAUAAGAAAAUAGAAAAUCUGAGAAGUUUUCAGAUGUAUGCUAAGCAGAAUUGCCCCUCAAGCUAAAGGGAUUUGAACAGAAUGAGUAAUGAUUGUGUUCCUUCUUCAAUUUAUUCCUUUUCCAUUUUAGCCACUGCUUUUACUCUAUCAUUUGUCAGUAAUGUUUAAGGAAUAAAUGAGGGAUAAACAAUUCAUAUCACAUCCUCAUUUGUAAUAAUUGCCACUCUUGGCACCUAGUUGCAUAUACCUCUUAGUUGCUUGAAGAUAACUGUGAAGGAUUUAUUUGCCAGUUAUUAAAUCGAAGCAGUAGAAUGUUUGGGGACAUAACUCUGUGAGAGUGCCAUUGGCUGAAGGAGGCAUUCUUGCUGAGACUGGCAGAAUCCCCCAGAGACAGGGCAAGGGUACAGCUGCUCUAGGACUAAUGGAAGCCAUUAUAAGGGGAAUGAACUUUUCAGGUACUCAUUUUCAUAAUUUCUAGAAUUGAAACUUAUUUACAUAGCAUUAUGUUAACACACUUUUAGUUAGAACAUUGAAUAAAAUGUAUUUGGAUGAGAUCAUUUGAAACAGUGAAAUGUGUUUGUGAGAAUACAUUUGCCAUAUUCCUUUUGAAUUUAAAUACAUGUUGCCUAAUGUUUUUGUAGACUCCCACCAGGCCACUUAUGCUAGUUUCAUCAGCAUAUGCAUUAGUCUCAUGCCAGUCCUUGGUGAAACACAAAAUAUGACAUGUUAUUUAUAUUUGUGGAAAUUUUGUCUACCAAUUGUUUGAUCUUGUUAUUAGCACAAUUACAUAAAUUAAUCUUAAACAUAAAAACCAUAUAAAUAUAGGCUCCUCGUUAAAAUAAGCAUAUUGAAAUAAUAAUAGCUGAUUGUUACUCAGAGUUUCUUCAAUUUGGAAGAAAAUAUCAAAAUGGACCAAAAUAAAAAAUGAUACAAAAUGCUUAAAUAUCUUCUCAAGAGUAACAAGCUUUUUAUCUUGUAAAAUUAUAGAAAGGACAAAUAUGUUGUGUUGUUAGAAAUUAACAAUGUUCAGUUUGUUUAUAAAGGCUGUGUUUCUUGACUGAAAGAGUAUUACUUUCAUUAUUCACAGUUUUUAUUUAGGAGAAUUUUAUUAGAAACCCAAUUUAGCAAUAUUGGACAACAAUUUUUAAGGUUUUCUUAUGACUUAUGGUUGGAAAAAUAAAUUAUACCCAGUAUAAAACACUACAAGAAAAUCAAAUAGAGAACAUAACAUUCUUAAAUAAUCUUGUCAUUCCAGCCUCCUCAGAUUUCACAGAGGUUGGCCAGCAACUCAGCUGCAGAGCAUUUUCCUCAGCUUAGUCUGUGUCAGGUGUAUUGGCAAGGAACGUGUUCUAAAACAUACUU